AUGUUCACUCCACGAACCAUCACCCUGCGAACCUCCCUCGCCUUCAUGCUCCUCCUCCUCGCAAUCGCCAGCGUCAUCGCCGGUCACCCCUUUCAAGCUCUCGCCGCCAGCACGCCCUCCUCUGGCGGCAGUCCAGCUAGGAACAACGACAAGGAUCUGACUUCGUCGGCGCCAUCGCUACGACAGAUGUACAUGCACUCUGAGCCCCACGACCACCGAAUGUCGCCUGGAUUUGUGGCUGUCCUUGUGGGAGGCAUGAGUGUGAUUGUUGCGGGUUUGAUGGUUUAA